CAUCUCUCUCUCUCUCUCUUUCUCUCUCUCUCCUCUCUUAAUAGCAGUAGCAGUAAUUCUCUACCCAAGGUGUUAGGGACAUGUGCUAUCUACAUCACCUAUAAACAUACUCACUGGCCUCCAUUAUGAUCUGUCCAGAACAACAGGACGAGGAAGAAGAAGAUACUUCUUAAAUAUCGCUCUCCUGUCUCUCUCUCUAUCUAUAGACUUUUCGGUGUUUGACGCAAUCCAUCUCUCAAAGAAAUUGAGAGUGAGAGAGAGAGAGAGAGAGACAUGGCAGAGGAAGAAGUGAAUAUUAGUAGUAGUGAAAUAGUAAGUGCACCGAUUCGCCGAGUUCUUCUCAUCUCUGCUGGUGCUAGUCACUCUGUUGCUCUCCUCUCUGGAAAUUUUGUUUGCUCUUGGGGGCGGGGAGAGGAUGGUCAGCUAGGUCAUGGUGAUGCUGAAGAUCGACUUUUUCCAACUCAACUAAGUGCAUUAGAUGGCCAUGAGAUAGUAUCCGUUACUUGUGGAGCUGAUCAUACAAUUGCAUUUUCUGAAUCAAGUAUGCAAGUGUACAGUUGGGGAUGGGGUGAUUUUGGGAGGCUGGGUCAUGGUAACUCUAGUGACUUGUUUACCCCUCAGCCAAUCAAAGCAUUGCAGGGUUUACGGAUAAAGCAAAUUGCAUGUGGGGACAGCCACUGUUUAGCAGUGACCAUGGAAGGCGAGGUGCAGAGUUGGGGGCGGAAUCAAAAUGGUCAACUUGGUCUUGGCACUACUGAGGAUUCUCCCCUGCCACAAAAAAUUGACGCUUUCCAGGGGAUCUCUGUCAAACUGGUUGCUGCGGGUGCUGAACAUACAGCUGCUGUUACAGAAGAUGGUCAACUUUAUGGUUGGGGCUGGGGCAGAUAUGGAAACUUGGGUUUAGGUGACAGAAAUGAUCGCUUAGUUCCUCAGAAAGUUUCGAGUGUUGAGGCAGAGAAGAUGGUUCUGGUUGCCUGUGGAUGGAGGCAUACAAUAUCUGUCUCAUCUUCUGGUGGUUUAUACACUUAUGGGUGGAGUAAGUAUGGUCAAUUAGGACAUGGAGAUUUUGAAGACCACCUCAUACCUCAUAGGCUGGAAGCCCUGCGUGAAAAUUUUAUUUCACAGAUAUCAGGUGGUUGGAGACACACCAUGGCACUGACAUCUGAUGGAAAACUUUACGGUUGGGGUUGGAAUAAGUUUGGACAGGUUGGUGUUGGUGACAAUGUUGAUCAUUGCUCUCCUGCACAAGUUGGAUUUCCGGAUGAGCAGAAAGUAGUUCAGAUCUCAUGUGGGUGGAGGCAUACACUUGCUUUUACUGAAAGACAAAAUGUAUUUUCUUGGGGAAGAGGUACAAAUGGACAGCUUGGGCAUGGGGAGUCAGUUGACCGAAACAUUCCAAAGAUGAUAGAAUCUCUGAGUGCGGAUGGAUCUAGUGGACAACAGAUAGAAUCUUCAAAACUUGACCCAUCUACAGGGAAAGCUUUGGUUUCUCCAAUUGAGAGAUAUGCAGUUGUUCCUGAUGACAACGUCCAAGGGCAAACAGUAGCUACAGUUAAGGGUAAUGGAAGUGAAGCAAGUGUUCCCCAGGGUGAUGUGAAAAGGGUGCGCCUUUGAAAUAGUUACCUUCCACAAAACUAACUGCACAUUUGUUGUUGCUUCUGAACUUUCGGCAUCACUAGUGUCUUUGAAAAGUGAUGGCACGUGUUAUGCCCUUCACCUCUGUUUUUUGUAUGACCGUAUUAUUUUCUGAAGACGGUGUUUUUGUUCGUGUUUUAUAUUUCCAGUCUUUCUUUCCAGACUAGUCUUGCAUUUUUGUUGAGGUGAAAUUAUGCUUGUCAUAAUCUAAUGAAUGCUUGAAUGGUGCUUUGCUUUGUAAUGGGUGUUCAUGCUUAUUUUACGUA